AGCCACAAAUUUCUUUGAUGGGUUGUUAAAAUUGGAAUUUCAAAAUAUAAUGAUAGAGAAAGACAAAAAGUAUUUGAUGAUCUGAAGUAGCUUGGCGUUGGCGGCAAUUGGCUGCUUCUGUCCCUUGGCGAUGCUUUUGGUUGAGUGGAGGAGGAGGAGUGAUUGGUAAAUGGUGGCGUGAUUCCUUAUUUGGACAGGAAGAUGAGAGGCGACAGCAUGAACCCAGCAAUCCCCAAAUCCGGCGACACCAACCAAUUUCCCAAGCUUUCCGGGAAACCUAUUCCGUGCUUUCCAGCUAUUUAUUCCUCUCGUCGCGUUGCCUCCUUGGAUUGCAUUCCAAUCUGCCGCCUCUCCAGGUGCGGGAGGAGAACGGCGACAAGAAAUUGACAGAAGGAAGAAUUAAAGUUUCCUUCUUCAUUUUCUUGCGCUCCUCUCCUCCCCGCCUGUUCCAUUUAUCGUUUCUCCCAGGCCAAGCGGGAGAAAUAUCAAAUAUCAACGUUUCCCCCUCAUCCAUUCCGUAUCUUAUGAGACUUAGAGGCUGAUAUUAGUCAAAUUCCCCGUGUAUUUUAUUCUUCAAUAGAAACUUACAACAAGUUUACUGGGAUGGCUGUUAGCUUCACAUACUGGGAUGGUUGCAUUGAUCCUGAGGACCUGGACACACUGUGGAUGGAUCCUGAUGUGAGAACUGAAUGGAUUAAUGCUGGAGAGACUAGAUGGCAUCAAGUUCACCUCUCCCGGGAUCCUGAUGGUCAGCCUUAUCUCACAGAAACUGAGAUGAAGGGUGUAGCUCGGAUAAUUGUUGGCAGGCAUUUUGUUUCAGAAAUAGAUCCGGACAUGAUUUGUGCAAUUGCAGAACUUGAAAGUCACAGACAGCCUACCUGUACAUGGUAUAACAAAAAAACUGAUGAAACUACUAUGGGCCUUAUGCAAAUUUUGCCGAAGACAGCAGAUUGGCUGGUCAGAGAUUUUGGUUAUCGAAAAUAUGAAGUGGAAGGGAACUCAAAACUUUUAUACAAGCCUUUUGUGAAUGUAUAUUUCGGUGCUGCCUACCUUAAGUGGUUAUCAAGUUAUGACCAAAAAGAAAGAAGUGAAGAGUUCAUGGUGAGGGCAUAUAAAGGUGGCAUAAAAAAGGCUACUGAUAAAUCAACUUUGAACUAUUGGAAUCAAUAUCUUGCGGUUAAGGAAUGCCUUCCCCCAAGAAAGGUUUUUCAACUUGGCCCCAUGCUGAAUAAGGUAUCUGCUGGUCCACUUAAAGAGAAAACAGAUGGCUUCACUAUUCUUUACAUGUGGAGAACAGGUGUUGCUGUUGCCUUUUGGGACUCUAGAGCUUCUCCAGAAGACUUGGAGCAGAUGUGGAAUCAUCCUGAUGUUAGAAAAGACUGGCGCAAGUCUGGGAAGAAAAAAGGAAAAGUGAAAUUUUCUGUAGAUGCCUAUAAGAGACCCUGUGUUUCUCAAGUAGAAUUGAGGGCUGUUGCUGAAAUUAUACUUUCAAAAUACUUCAGCAAUGUGGGAUUAGAACCAGCAUUUUUAUGUGCUCUUGCUGAGAUUAUUAGCAUGCGUGUCUUGAAUGGGAUUGGCCCGCGCCCAGGAAUAAUGGGGAUUGACUACCCCACAGCUCACUGGCUAUACAAGCAUUUGGGUUACAAGGCCUACAAUGUGAACUCUGCUGUUGAUGUAACUAAGCCGUUUGUUUCCAUGUAUUUUGGCACUGCCUAUCUGGGCUGGUUAUCAUACUAUAAAGGAAAGCAAAGGUCAUCCCAGUUUGUUGUUCAGGCUUAUUUCGUUGGGCCAGAGAAGGUAAAUCUUCAAGAUAUGAGUACUGUUUGGACUAAAUUUGAGGAAGCAUGGCAUCGAUACGAUCUCUUAGCGACGAAGAAACAAGGGAGCAGCUGCACAACUUGCACCAUUUUAUAAGCUAAGAGUAGCCACCAUCGUCUAUGCAAGCUCAAAUUUUCCCGUUGAAGUGAAAAGAUUGGAAGCUUUAGCACAAAUGACAAGCAAAAGGAAGAAUGUUUGGACUCAGAGAUGUAAAUCAUGUAAUUACUAUUUCAUCUUGCACAUUCAGUACUCUAUUUUAACAGUCAUCUGGAUGAGGAGACUCUAUUGGAUUGUUUCUAAACAAUUAGAUAUUUUUCUUCAUUUUGAACGGGAGAAUUCUGUAAUCCUAUUAUAUAAUCUAUUAACAUUUUGCCUAAACAACGUGUAUUCUAAGCGUUUUGUCAA